UCAGUUCAAGUGCACUACCGGUUCGCUUAACAACGGUGUGUUGCUUCGCCAAAGUGGAACUUGCUUUUUGAAGAUGGUUUGUGGUGGUGGUGAUGUUCGCUAAUUAAAAAGGAGCAUAAUAAUGGAUCAUUGGACUGCAAAUGUCGAUUCUACUUGAAUGUGUGACCGAUUUUAUAUGAUAUUUAGAGGAUCCUAUUUCGAUUUCUUAUAACCGUGAAAUGGUGUUCAUAUUUUUCGCAUGAUUUCGUGUAGGUUUAUAAUCACCAUGUAAAUUUGUAUGAAUUUUUGUCGUGGAGGUAGCCUUAUUGGCGACCUAUUAGCGUAAUAGCCUUUAAAUAUAGAAAUAACUUCUGUGGAGCAAAUAAAGAAAUAGCUUUUGAAAAUUGAUUCUGACGAAGAAUGCAUGUACCACUAGACAGAGUUAUGGAGGAAGAUGAGGAUGGCGAGUCGGCGGUGGAGCGACUCGUCUCCAUGCGGGCAGCCCAGGCGGCGCAGGACAACAAAGUCCGCAUCAACGUCGGAGGCAUCCGACACGAGACGUACAAAUCGACCCUACGUAACAUCCCCGAUACCCGCCUUGCGUGGAUGACUACGAUCUCGACCUCGAGCACGACGGCGGAUUACGAUCCGAUUACGUGCGAGUUCUUCUUCGACCGACACCCGACUAUGUUCGAGGCGGUGUUGAACUACUAUCGGACGGGGAAGCUUCACGCGCCGACCAACGUCUGCGGGCCGGCUUUCGAAGAGGAGCUCACUUUUUGGGGAAUUGACGAGAAGCAGAUUGAGCCAUGCUGCUGGUCGCAUUACACCCAGCACCGAGACGCGCAAGAAACACUGCACAAAUUACAGGGUGGUGGCUUCGAAAGCGAAGAUGAUGAGGAAGAGGACGUCGCCAGAAUCUUUGGCAUCGAGGAGGCGUGCGAGACGGAGAAGAACCAGUGGUACAGAAAAUGGCAACCCAGGAUAUGGACCCUUUUAGAAGAACCCUAUUCCUCACGCGCUGCUUUGGUAAGACAGAACUUUUGCUGCUGAUGUUGUUGUUAAUAGAAGUAAUUUGUAAACAUUUGUAUUUGUUUUUUUUUACGUUUCCUGCCCUCAAUGGACCAUAGAUCAGGUCAAGUCCUGGGCUUUUCUUAUUAUGUUCUCCAUUGCUGUGUAUGUCUUUCCCAUCAUGACUUGUCUCUGUUCAUUUUUUCAUUUUAUUUUAUUUCAACACGGAUCACUUGCUUCAGCCAAUGGCUGUAAUUCUUCUGCAAGUCCGUAAGUUCCGUAUCAAGAAUCAAUAAAGUGAUGUACCAACAA